CGCAGAAAGUGAGGCACGAAAUCGCUUCGACAGCGCGAUGGCGAAAGGUAGGAAGGAGGAGGGAUGAGAUCUGGAAAGAUCAGCUUCGACUGCCUCGCAUCGCGCACGGGCACAUCUGUGUUGUGUGUGUGUGUGUGUGUGGUGGUGUGUGUCGUACCCCAGGCGACAAGCGCAAGGGUGCGAAGCGGUCUCUUGACCCGGCGACUCGUGACUACACGAUCCACGUGCGGAAGCUGAUCCACGGCGUGGCCUUCAAGAAGAGGGCACCCAGGGCCGUCCGGGAGAUCAAACAGUUCGCCAAGAAGGUCAUGAACACUAAGGUACGCACCUCAGCAACCGUGUGAGCCACCCACCCUCCCUCCCUCUCGCCGCGCCGCAACGACGUGUCCUGGUGUGUUGUGUGCGCCGUCUGUGUGUUUGUGUGGUUGUGUUGUGUUGUGUGCAGGAUGUGCGUAUCGACACCAAAUUGAACAAGCACAUCUGGAGCAAGGGCAUCAGGAACCUCCCCCGCCGCAUCCGGGUCCGCAUGUCCCGCAAGCGCAACGAGGACGAGGACGCCAAGGAGAAGAUGUUCACACUCGUGCAGCACGUACCCGUCGAGAGCUUCAAGGGACUGCAGACGGAAAACGUCCAGGAAGAGGGAUAGAUAGAUAGCCUCACACACAACACACUGCGCCCAUGGACGGAGGGAGGAGCUGUCCCAUGCCUUGCUGGACGGACGGACGGC